AUGACUUGUUUGAGAUCUUCAAUCUCACCCCCUUGCCACCAAAAUGGCACGAGAAAAGCCAAACGGCGAAAAGAAUGCGCUGCGAAAAGUUUCAAGAGCCAGGUCAAGGAGCUGGCCAUUGAUGGUGCCUAUGAUACGAAAAAGGACGAACGACCCGACAACGAUCCUGAUGGGUUUUUCGCGUUGCUUAAUCUCCCGGAAGACGUGUGGUAUGCUCACCAUGUCAAGGGUAGGGAGAUACAGGAUGGGUUUUCGGACACUACAAUGGCUAGCCUCCCCAAGGCACUCUCAAUGCUCAAGGGCAAAGUAAGGAAAGAGCACUGGGACCCCUACAUCCUCGGCUCUCUCGAGUCCCCCGCCCAACUCAUGGAUAAUUCGUCAAACACAGUGAAUUCGGCAAAGGCGUCUGAACUCAACACUCCCGUGGGAGGCUCUACGCCAGCCGCAUCGUCACGACUCAAGGUCAUGAGCCAAACAUUAGCGCCCGGGCAGGAUCCUUCCCGGUCACGACGCAGCGUCAAGAAGCGACCCUUUGGAGACGGCAACGACAGCUACGGCGAUGGGUUUGACGACGACGGCGGUUCUUCGACAGGGGACGGCGAGGAUAGGAAUGGCACGAAGCGGCGCAAAAGGUUGGUAUCCGUGACUUUGCUUGGUGUUCAGUGGUUCUAA